AGUUGCUAAACCGGCAGCCAACGGGCAACGGCGUUGUCAUUCUUAAAAAGUUGCCUUUUCUUUCAAUACUUAUUUAGACAACAGUUGUGACAACAAUUGCAACACAAGUCUUCAUUACUAGUGCUUCAAAUUUCCGAUUAAGAUCCUUUAUUUUUUUAUUUACUCGUUUUUAUUAUUGGUGUUUAUGUUGACUGUAGAUGGGCCGGACAAGUCUGAACUUGUCAUUGAGUUCACGCGCAAUUUUUCUUUGUUUUCUUCGCCUCCCUUCUGUGGUCAGCCUAAGGCCGUAAUUGUUUGACCAUUGGCCAUUCGCCGGUCAAUUCUCGAGAAAGAAAGACGUUCAUUUCAUCAGCGAUACAAAAAAGUUGUCUGUUUUUUAUUGAAUGUCGUGAAAAAUUGCGCUCAUCAUCGACUUGUUAGUGGAUGCUCGUUACGUUGGCUAGUUUGGCAGUAUUCGCAACGAAGGGUGAAAUAGCUACAGAUUCCAGCCAAUCAUCAUUCAACUGACAUUGUUGACCAUGGUCGAGUGAUGGGCGCUGAGAAGAGAAGUCAUUUGUGGGGCGGCGGGAUCGAGUGCGAAUCGAUGAAGUUUGUAGGAGCGCAACAUCAGCAACGCGUCGGUUGUUGUUGUUGUAAAAGCAGCGGAAAAAGGUCCGCCCGGCAAAGUGUUGAAGAAGGCAAACAUGGUGCGACAUUAAGAGAAUGGUUACCGUGCCUGAUACCGCCGGCGCUGGCCGUCGGCGUCUACACCAAUUCGCUAGGCGGCGAUUUCGUCCACGACGAUCUCAGUGCCAUCACCGGCAACCGGGACAUCACCGACCCGACGGCCGGCACCUGGGAUUUCCUCUACAACGAUUUCUGGGGGACGUCGUUGCUCGACCCUCGCAGUCACAAAUCUUAUCGCCCACUCACCAUUCUCACUUUCAAGUGGAACUAUGCCUUGAGCGGACUCAAUCCUUGGAGCUAUCACGCGGUCAACGUGAUCCUCCAUGCAGCGGUCAGCGCCCUGUUUGCGUGGCUUUGUCUCAACUGCCUCGGCCUCUCCAAGUUGUCAUCUCUAUUGACCGCUUCGCUCUUCGCCAUCCAUCCGAUCCACACGGAAGCGGUUUCAGGUAUCGUGGGCAGGGCCGACAUCCUAACAACUCUGUUUUUCCUGUUGUCCUUCAUCAGCCAUGACAGGGCGACGAUGAAUAAUCAAAAAUCAUUCGGAAUGAGAAGCGGAUCUCGACAUCCGGUUACCUGUUUUAAUGUCCUCUUGCUGAGGAUUGUUAGUUUGCUAUCGGCUUUCUUGGCUCUGGCCGCCAAAGAGAACGGGAUUGCAGCUCUACCCGUCGCCAUCACUUGGGAUAUUAUUCGUCUACAUCAACAAUCUGCCAGUGGCUGCGACGAGCGUCGAUGCGGCCGUGCCAAAAUUGACACAUCGCCCAGCAACAAAUCGACGAGUAGAUGGAACAGCUGUAGUUGCUGGCCAUGGUUGAGAGUCGUCUUCAAAUGCUGGCCUAUUCUUUUGUCGCUCUUCACCACGUUGGUACUGCUCGCGGCUAGGAUUGCUCUGCAACAAGGCCAGCUACCUCUUUUCUCCGAACAAGACAAUCCGGCGGCCUUCGCUUCCAGUCGAAAAGCCAGGAUACUCACCAUGCUCUAUCUACCAGCCUUUAACAUGGGACUACUCUUGGCCCCAGUGUUACUCAGUUACGACUGGCAGAAUGGCUCCAUCCCUUUGGUGGAGGACUGGAGGGACUGGCGCAAUGUGGGCACUCUUCUUUUCUACACGUCGCUGGCCGCAGCGCUCGUCUACUCCUGGCUCAACCGCAAAAAGUUAAUUUUGUGGAGCGCUGCUGUCAUGGUUUGGCCUAUGCUGCCAGCCUCCAAUUUGUUCUAUCCGUGCGGAUUCGUCGUUGCGGAGCGGCUUCUCUACCUCCCAAGUUUGGGUUAUUGCCUGAUCGUGGCUCUUGGUUUGCGGAUCGUCUUUCGUUCAACACGAUCACGGUGGACGAUCCGUGCCGGCCGACUGGUCUGCCAUCAAAGUGCGACCGGAUCCUAUACCUCAUUACGACGCCGUCGUUCGUCGUCGACUUGCUCUUCUUCUUCUUUUUCUUCCUCCUCAUCUUCUUCUUCUUCUUCCUCUCCUACGUCGUCGUCUUCGUCCAACUGCUGGUGGCCUGGCCGUCAAGUGUUCGCCCGUUGCCUUUUCGUAUUCGGUGCCAUCCUGUUGGCCGUCAGUUUUGUCACCAAAACCUGGACACGCAACCUCGACUGGGCCGAUCGUCGCACGCUUUUCGAGUCGGGAUUGCGGACUCUGCCCAAUAACGCCAAGAUGCACUACAAUUACGCCAACAUCCAGAAAGACGACGGCCGCUGGGAAGCCGCUAUCGAUCACUACCGGCAAGCCAUCGAAUUAUGGCCCAACUACGCCAGCGCUCUCAAUAAUUUAGGGACCGUUUUGCUUGCCCGAGCUGACGAUAUGGAAGAUGGUGACCGCCGCAAAGAGUUGGCCGUCAAAGAAGCCGAGCGUCGUUUCCACGACGCCAUCCGAUCUCAUCCGCACCACGCUCACGCUCACUACAAUCUGGCCGUCCUCUAUUUGCAGCGGAAUGACACAGAGCAGGCCGUCCAUCUGCUGAAUCAAGUUCUCACUCUAAACUCGAACCACCGAGAAGCUCUGAACUUACUGCACUGGCUGCAAGCGGAGAAGAACAGCGGCAAUGUGGAUACUGGGUCCGGCAGCAAUGGCCGAAUUCUAAACCAUUACAGGAAUGCAGAGAAAACGACGAUUGGAGCAAAACCAGCGGCUCACCAUUCGCCAGCGUCUGCAAUGCCCAUGGCCGGCCACUGGAUCACGGCCAAUCGAUUGCCACAUCAGCAGCAGCCCAAAUUGCAUCAUCAGCCGCAACGGGAAGAGUCCCGUCAGCACCGAGGCGGCACUACCUCCAACUACCGUUGGAACAAAACGGCCAAAAACUAAAAGGUUAUCUCAUUAUUUAUUUACCAUUAUUUUCUUGACAGAUCGUUAUUACUUAUACGAGGUUUGCCAAACUUUCCUAUCUAUCAAUCAAACCUCAUAAACUGUAUAAUAACAAUUGAUUCGCUUUGGCCUGUAACCGGGACUCAGAUUUCUCGUCAUGAUUAAUUAGUAUAAUCCUGAACAAUGUCAUCUAAAACUGUAUGAUUAGCUGUAUCACGCGACACGUGCGCUAUAGCUGCGGACUAAGUAAUGCUUGUCAACAUGAAAUGUGGACCCAAUGACGCGGGCCGUCACACUACGUAAAUCCUUGCUGGAACAUAACUGAGUGACCUGACGGGCCAAAAUAAAUGAAAAGAAAAAAAUACGAACGAAUGUAAUCAUAAAAAUGUAUAUUGUUCUGACGCAUAUAAUUACAAGGAAAAGAAAGUGUUGAUGUAACGCGAUGACACGCCAAUGUUUUGUUUCC